AUGUCGAAUGAUGAUGCCCACAAACUCUUUGGCGAUAAAGUCCAGGUUGAGAUCUUGUCCAUUUCAAACGAUGUUAUAGGAUAUAUUUUCUCUUGGGGUUAUCUCAACAUCACCCAAGAUGCUUUCAACAAAUUACUAGUAUCAGAGCAGGUCUUUGAGCACUACAAUAAGUUAGUGAAGACCUUUGGGCAGAGGAUCAGGGAGAACAACAAUGCUCAUCUGAUCCUUCACGAAAUCUGCUACAAUGUCUAUCAUGUGGAGAAGAAUCACCGCCAAGAAGGAGACCCAUGGUCUAUGCGGGAGACCGCCGUCUACCACAAACUGAAUAUUCCAAAUAGACGAUCCAACUGGAUCUUCGUGCAGAUUCCUCAAGCUGCGCGUACAGUCUUGGAACAACUUGAAGUUAGUCCCAAGCUAUGCAUCGAUGUGAUGCAAUCAAAAUGCCUUGAGCUGCAUAUUAUACUUAUCAGUGCGAUUUCCACCCACUGGUCAGAGUACAUUGAUUUUCUCGGAGGUAAAGUCGACGUACUGGACGUGAAAGCCUCCUAUUCGAACGUCGAGGACAUAAGCGAAGUCGACUAUUCGGUCACUUUCACCGAUUGUCAGUCUCUUUAUAUCCUGCAAAGGAAAUUGCGAAAGGCACGCCGCGCAUUAGAAUGCUGUCAAGAUCUUGCGCGAGGGCUCGAGGACAGCUGGCUCGGUAUCAGGAUCAGAGAUGACGAUUCCCAGAAUCAAAGUAGUAAUCCUGUCAGAGUGAGUGUCGAAAGCGCAGCCGGUCUCCAUUUGUAUGCUGCUGAAAUAGCCUCGCAUAUCAAGAACAUUAUAGCAAUUUUGGAGAGAUCGUAUAGCAUUGGAAACCUGCUCUCUAAGAUCCUCGAGCUUAGACAGGUCGAAAAGUCACACAAAACGAGUCAAUCAAUUGAGAAGAACAUUGUAGCAUUAGAACAUAUCUCAACUAGGAGCAACGAAACCAGCCAGACUCUCGCCAAACUUGCUAGAGAAAAUAACAAAGGUUCUCUUACUCUCAAAACCUUGACAUUGAUUGCGACUAUCUAUCUUCCUGCUACCCUGAGCGCGACAAUAUUCAGCUCGGACGCGGUUCAAACUACCUCAGAUGCUGGCUCCGAUCUGAAAAACUCACAUUUUGUACUUGCUCCAGAUUUCUGGGUAUUCAUGGUUGUAACAUUGGGUUUUACGCUUCUCACGUUAUUGGCGUUCCUGAUUCUUCGUUACGCGGCAGGGAGAUCGCAGAAACAACGCAACAAGGAUGUCAUCUAAUUUCUUCGGGGUUGUUGAACACUAAGACCCUUCUGGAUUUUAUGAACUUCAAGCAAUACGUAGUGCCUUUCCCUGUGUAUCCAACGAAAUAUACACUUGC